CGCCCUCUAUCGUUCCAGUUAUUGUUACAACAUUAUUUCGUUCGACAACAGGUACCGGGAAAAGAAAGAAAAUGGGGCAAAAAGACACCAUGUUGAUUAUUCUUUCGUUGUUUAUGGUGAUGAGCUCACAUAUUGUCUUCAGCCAAGGUACUGGUAAUGAUGAGGAUGUCACUGCAGUUUAUGCUGCUAAUGGUACUGAUGUCGUUCCAAGCAUGUCCGCUACAGCUACCAUGUCUACUGUGUCAACUUCCACAAUAUCUAUAACCCCAACAUCUACUGCAACUUCUUCACCGACAUCCACUGCAACUGCUUCAUCGACAGCCACUAAAACUUCUUCCUCGAUGUCACCAGAACCAACGUCAACACCUACAACACCGUCAACGUCAACACCCCCGACUACGGUCACUGCCUCAGUCACAGCUACUACUGGUACAACCCCCAAACCGACUCCCACAAAAGGAGGAGGAGGAGGCCAGCAUUUUGAUGCAGCCUCCUUUAUUGGUGGAAUAGUCCUCACUACUGGCCUAUUUGUACUGGGCUUCUUUGGCUGCAAGUUUUACAAGUCAAGGGUGGAGAGGAACUAUCAUACGUUAUAGGUUGUGUUUGUUUUCUCUGCUCUAUCACAAGUUUUGUUUCAAAUUUAAUUCACUUCACCUUUGAACUGGUUGUCAGAAUUCUGAAUUUUAAGUUCUUUUCUUUCUGAUUGAACUGAUCAAAGGAUUAAUUUCUACUGGAUAGUUUUGAUUGAACAGCUGUUCUCAAGAGUCUAAUUGUACUUAUGAAAGGUUGCUCAUUGUUAAGGUGCCUUAAUUAAAAUUGAUCCAAAAAUUGUAUUUCUCUUUCAAGUUUUUUGGAAAUGUUAACUGUUUCUUUGUCUGUUUGAAACCCACAGUAAGAGUAAAGGGCAAGAAUAGAGCUGCUGUCUGCACUUGGCACCAAUAUUUGGAUGGGCAGAGAUUGGUCACAUUUUUUUUUUUUUAAGUACACUGAUAAUGUUAAAGCAGUCAUUAUGCAACAAAAUCUUCAAAAUUAACAAUUGUGAAUUGUUAGAAUUCCAUUUGUUGUUUAAACAUUGAUUUCUGAGACUAACUUUGCUUCAAAUCAAGCCAAUUAAUAUAUAUUAAUUGUUCUUAUUACUCAUGAUCAGCUUAUCUAUUUCCUUUGCAAAUAUUUGUUCAAACCUCUACAAUUUACUGUCUCCUGUUGCUAUUAUAAUCAUUUCCUUAUGUAGCAUGUUUCUUUUUUAUUGUUGUUUUGUACAAGAUGUUUUUUUUUUUUUUUUUUUUUUUUUUUUUUUUUCGUGCAGAACAUUGAAUUAUUUCACCUCUCUUUGUUGUUCUGACCAGUUAUACUGGACCGACCUAGUAUUUAUAAAUGAAUAAUAAGGCUAAACCAGUCUUUG